UCUUCGAAUCGGUGAAUGACAACUGCAAGUCAAGAUCACUACUAAUCAAGGAGCUAGUCCGAGACAUUGCACCUCGGAUGCAGGAUGCACUUCGCAUAUCAAACGAUGCAAUGCUAUAUAAUGUACCCUGUUUUCGCGAUCUUGCGUCAGUUUCACUAUUUACGUUGAGUGUUCCGUGAGCCAUGGCUUUCAAAAUAAUAUUUCCCGUUGUUUGCAUGGGCAUACUGGCCCAAACCACGAGCCACCUCCUGCGUGAGACAAGGGACGCAGUCACAUCCACAACCACAGCGGUGCCAAGCCAGAGUGCCAACCUGACGGCUACCAACCACACCGAGGAUGCCAUAAACCACACAUCCAGUGCGAAUGUAACGCGAGAGGUCAGGGAGACAGCCAACACCACAGAGGCCCCAAUUCACAACGCCAACCUAACAGACAGCAAAAGUCACAGUGACGUCAUCAACGCAACCAACGCAGCCAACCACACCAUCCACAAGCGGGAGACCAAGGAAGCAGCGAACGCUACCGAGGCCCCAAGUGCCAACUUGACACUCAGUGACGUCACGAACCACACCAGUAGUGCCAACCUAACACGGGAGACCCGCGCCACAACAACCGAAGUCCCGAACUCCGCCAAUUUAACCCAGAGUGACGUCGCAAACCACACCAAUAGUGCCAACCUAACACGGGAGACCCGCGCCACAACAACCGAGGCCCCGAACUCGGUCAAUUUAACCAAGAGUGACGUCGCCAACUUCACUACCAGUGCCAACCUAACGCGAGAAAUCAGGGAAGCGUGCCAGAGUGCCAAACUCACGGAGAACAUCGAGGUCGCGAACCACACAGAAAUCGCGAACGACACGGAGAGCGCAAACCACACGGACAUUGCAAACCACACGGACAUCGCGAACCACACGAUCGUCACCGUCCACGACCACAUCCAGGUGGCCGGCCACACGGCCGUCCAGCCGGACAUCGUCCUCCUGGGCCACUCGGAGGCCGACCACACCCAGUUCCACGACUUCGCCCACCAGUACCUCUUCGCCCUGCAGCACUACCAGCACGCCCUCGAGGUCCAGAACAUCCACCGGGAGAUGGAGCUCGCCCACGCGCACGCUCUGCGACUCACCGCGGAACCCGAGGCUGUCAAACCAGAAGCCGAAUCUGCAAAGGUAGAAACGGAGACGGUGGAGUCGAAGAAGGUUGAGGAUACAAAGGCGGACCUUAAGGUGAGGCCGGACUGUCAAGCUGAGGAGGAAGAGGCUGAGUCUCAGAAGGCUGAGAUCAAGGCUGAGCCUCAGAGGGCUGAGAUCAAGGCUGAGGCCCAGAUCGGAGCGACUUUGGCCCCAGAGGAAGCUAGAAAGCCUAAAUCAGAGGUGGAUACUUUCACGACGAAGCCACCGAAAGAUGCGGAGGAAGACUAUUUUUCGGAACAGCAGUCGGCUGAGGAUGAGGACUCGUCGGAGGAACUGGUCGACCCGGUGCCCAGUGGGUCUAUGUUGGGGGUUGUCUACUCCGCGUCUACUGAUGUAUCCAAGACGCGGUAUGUCAACUCGAAUGGGGUUGGUUACGUUUUCUGAAAUGAAAGUCCUGAUGAAAGCUGAAUAAAAGUUCAGCUGAUUUUGGAAGCCGUGCUCGUGUUUGAUCUCGGUGAGGUGGAUGAUAUUCUUAUGAUCCACUGCUAUUUAUUGAAAUUCAUCUGAGUUAUUGUAUCUAAUUUAUUUUUGCGUGAAAUGUCAGAAUGUCUUGACGUGUGAUACAUCACCUUUGGAUGGGUGUAAUUUGUGAUUAUUUAUUUAUUAUUUAUUGACUUAUUUAUUUCCGGA